CCGUACUUGAGGUUCGAACAAGUAGAUAGAGUAGAUAGUCUAGUACUUAUAUUCUCCUACUCCUAGUCGAUUAUUUAUGCGGGGUCCAGCAGUCCGAAUAAGGACUUCUUCCAUACACACACACGAUGCAACUUCUAUACCCAAGAGGCGUGAUAAAAGAUCCACAUAGAAUAAGGUUUCUCGCUUCUAUCUCCGAGCAGCUGAUGUACAAAUGGGUUGGCGGGGUGUCCCUCAAGUGGAUACGAGCUCGGACAUAUCGCCGAAGACGAACAACCUUCCCCGACACAACGUGGGGAAGUAAGUCCAAGAUAUCGCUGCAGAGCUACUACUUACCCCGGACGGCUUCACCCCAGAUUUCGUGGAUUACUUCAAAUCGUGGAGUAUAUAUAUCGCAUGAAGCUCCGGCGAAGAUGUAAAGGAUCUUUGUUUCGCAAAGUGACCAGGUCGAUCAAAAUCAAAAAUGUGGUCACUCCAACAAACGAAAUUGAUACGCCCACCAGCGGGGAUGGAUCCCUCUGCACCUCGGCAAAGGGAUCCAUGGUAUGUAUACAAACUGGCUGCAUUUGUGUCCCUAGGUGCGCUGCUAUUUGGCUACGACCAAGGAGUGAUGGGUGUUAUUGUUGCCGAUCAACGGUUUAACGAUUUAAUGCAUCCUAAGAAUUCAUGGGUAACCGGUGCCAUCGUUUCAAUGUACGAUAUAGGCUGCUUCAUUGGCGCCAUGUCUACCGGUAGUCUAUCGGAUCGGUAUGGCCGUGAGAGGAUGUUGGCUAUUGCGAGUAUCGUCUUUAUUAUCGGUGCAGUCUUGCAAGCUGCGUCAUACACGGUUGUCCAAAUAAUAAUUGGCCGCAUCGUCUUAGGCUAUGGUGUCGGAGGGUGUGCAGCAGGGGUACCUCUAUAUCAAUCGGAGAUCGCUCCCCCAACCCUCCGAGGAAGAUUGAUUGGAAUAGAGCAAAUGGUUCUAUGCACUGGUGAGCUGUGUGCGUUCUGGAUGAACUAUGGGUUCAACUACCUACCAACAAAAGACUGGUGGCGCAUUCCCUUGGCAAUCCAAAUUCUCCCCGCUAUUGUUCUGGGGAUAGGUUGCUGGCUCUGGGUCUUGCCAAGUCCACGAUGGCUUGUCACUCAGGACCGACAUGACUGUGCUCGCGAGGUUCUAAUUAGACUACAUGGCCCAGAGGCUGCAGCGACAGAACUCGAGCAGAUCCAGGAAACAAUGCGCCUGGAGAAGCACACAAAAGCAUCCUGGAGAGGAAUGUUUAAACUCCCUAUCCUGCGGUUAACUCUCCUCGGUUGUGGGAUUCAAGGCUUCCAGCAAGUCACUGGGACAAAUUCAAUACUUUACUACACGCCGACAUUAUUCGAAAAGGGGGGGAUCACCGAUCCACGCACCGCAAAUUUGGCGACAGGAGGUGUUGGGAUCGCGCUGUUCGUCAGUGCAUGGAUACCCAUCUUCUCCUUUGACCGUCUGGGCCGAAAGGUAUGGCUCCAAAUCGGAACCGUCGGCAUGAUGUUGGCCAUGGUCGGGAUCGCAGUAUUGCAAUGGCGCGCGGGUGAGAACCCUGGAUCAAAGGGAAAUUAUGCCAUGGUGGUCUUUCCGUAUCUGUUCUAUAUCUUCUUUAACAUUAGCUGGGGUGUCGCAGCGUGGACAUAUCCGUCAGAAAUAUUCCCACUGUCCAUGCGUGCGAAGGGCAACGCACUUGCAACUUCCGCUAAUUGGACCAUGUGCUAUAUCGUAGCCCAGGCCUCACCACCCAUUGCAGAUGCAAUCGGGUGGGGUCUGUACGUUAUUUAUGCCGCUAUAUGUGUAAUCGCGUUGGCUUUUGUCCACUUUGCGCUAGUUGAGACAAGGAAUCGGUCGCUCGAGGAUAUGAAUCGGCUUUUCGGCCUGGAAGGCUAUUUCGCAGAAGGUGAAGCUGCCGCUGCAGAGCAAAUCUUCGUAGCGAAAAAUUCAUCGGUGGAGCAUAUUGAAGGGAGUACUCAUGUUGCAAGUCCAUCAUAG